UUUUUUUUUUCUUUUUUUUGAUAGGAAGAUAUCUAAAUUUGAGUUGUGAUUCAUUCACUGAAGAUUAAUCGAAUUCAAAUUCAUCUUCUCUAAUUUCUCUCGCUGAAUCUCCUCUCUUUAUGCUCUCUGUCCCUGUUUCUUCUCAUCUUUGUCUUCUGCAUGGCACAGAUCUUAAUUAACAGUCCAUUAAUGGCUGCGGGAUAAUUCUUGACAGAUUGUGCUCUUUUCUCCAAUGUGAAGAAGGGAAAAAGAAACGUUAACGUUAAUGGCAUUGAUGGCAUUCACAUUUGGGGACCUUUACAGGAGGUUCAAGCCACACCUGCUCAUGGUUCUUGCUCAGAUUGGCUAUACUUUUCUCUACUUCAUCACUGAAGCUUCCUUCGAACAUGGGAUGAAUCCUUAUGUCUACGUAACUUAUCGACACAUUGUCGCCGGCCUAGUGAUGCUCCCUUUUGCCUAUUUUCUUGAAAGAAAACAGCGUCCAAAGCUGACGAUAGCUCUUUUUGUGGAGAUAUUCAUCCUCUCUCUCCUGGGGGUGGGUUUGACUCUCAACAUGUAUUUUGCAAGCUUGAGAUGCACCUCUCCAACUUUUGUUGCAUCAAUGGUUAACACCAUAGCGUCCUUGACCUUCACAAUCGCAGUUGCAUUAAGGUUGGAAGGUCUUGAUCUUGGAAAUCCUCGUGGAAAAGCAAAAGUUCUUGGGACCUUGGUUUCCUUGGCUGGUGUAAUGACUAUGACAUUUUAUAAAGGUCCUAUCGUAGAAAAUCUUUGGCAUCCUCUAAUUCAUAUUCAUCGAAAGGCUAGUAGCAACCAUGAGAGCUGGUUGAAGGGUUCGAUACUUGCUGUUGCAAGCUGCAUUUUUUGGUCUAUGUGGUAUAUUAUGCAGGCAUUCACCCUGAAAAGGUAUCCUGCUCAACUGUCGCUGACCACAUGGAUGAGCUUCGUUGGGGCUGCACAAUCAGCUUUCUUUACACUGAUUGUGGAACGUAGAAAAGCAGCUUGGUUAAUCGGAUACAAUAUUGAUUUCUGGUCCACUGUUUAUGGUGCAGUGGUGGUCUCUGGUUUAAUAGUUUUCAUUCAGCUGUGGUGCACAGACGUAAAAGGACCAGUUUUUGUUACCAUGUUCAAUCCCAUUUCAACAAUAUUAGUAGCAAUUUUCGCAUACUUUGUUCUUGGUGAAAAACUGUACCUGGGCAGUAUACUGGGGGCUGCUGUUGUAAUCAUCGGCUUAUACUUGCUGUUGUGGGGCAAAGAAGAUCAACAGAGUCACAGCAAAUCACAAGAUCAAUCUUAUUCCAGCUAUAAUGAGCAAAAGGAGACCAAGAUACAGAGAGUUGCUUCACUUGAGAGUAAAAUACCUGCAAGCGAACCUUGAGGUCCAAAUCAUUUCUUAGACAAAAGGAUCAAUAUUCAAUACCAUGUACAUCCUUUCGAAAUAUAAAAAUAUAAUUCACAACUAGUUAACAUCAA